AUGAAGAAGGCGCUUCCCCUAAAGGGCGGUUCGGCAGGCUUAAGGCAUGGAACGAAAUCUCCGAAGGAGCUGGAGAGCGUCUUGAAGCAGUAUUUUGGGUACUCGGAGUUUCGAGGAAGGCAGCUUGAGGCCAUAGAGGCUGUUCUUUCAGGAAGGGAUUGCUUCUGUUUGAUGCCAACUGGAGGUGGCAAGUCAAUGUGCUACCAGAUCCCUGCUCUAGUGAAGACAGGCGUUGUUCUUGUUAUCUCGCCCUUGAUAGCGCUAAUGGAGAAUCAGGUUAGCAGCUUGAAAAGUAAAGGAAUUCCAGCUGAAUUUCUCUCUUCCACACAAACAACUGCUAACAAAAACAAGAUACAUGAAGAUCUCGAUUCUGGCAAUCCUUCUUUAAAAUUGUUGUAUGUCACUCCUGAGUUAGUUGCAACAUCUGGCUUCAAGGCAAAAUUAACAAAGCUCCACAACAGGGGUCUUCUUGGUCUUGUUGCUAUUGAUGAGGCUCAUUGUAUUUCAACUUGGGGCCAUGAUUUCAGACCUAGCUACCGCAAAAUUUCAUCAUUGAGGAAGCAGUUCCCAGAUAUCCCGAUAUUGGCUUUGACUGCGACUGCUGUCCCAAAAGUCCAGAAAGAUGUGAUAUCAUCAUUGUCCUUGCAAAACCCAGUCAUUCUUAAAGCUUCCUUUAAUCGACCUAAUAUCUUCUAUGAAGUUCGUUACAAGGAUCUUCUUGAUGACGUUUAUUCUGAUAUAUCGAAUUUACUGAAGUCCAGCGGAAAUGUUUGCUCAAUCAUAUAUUGCCUUGAACGUGCUGCCUGUGAUGAUCUGACUAUGCAUUUGGCACAGCAGGGCAUCUCUUCUGCUGCUUAUCAUGCUGGCCUGAAUAGUAAAGUGCGAACUACCGUUCUUGAUGACUGGCUUUCAUCAAGGACUCAAGUUGUUGUUGCAACUGUAGCAUUUGGAGGUGCUUUGUUUAUAUAUUGGCUCUAUUCAUCUUUUCAGGGUAUUGAUAGACAAGAUGUCCGCAUUGUGUGCCAUUUCAACUUGCCUAAGUCAAUGGAAUCUUUCUACCAGGAGUCCGGACGUGCUGGUCGUGACCAACAGCCUUCCAGGAGUGUUUUGUAUUAUGGGUUAGAGGACCGAAGGAGAAUGGAGUUUAUUUUGAGAAACAGCAGCAGUAGAAAACAACAGCCAUCUUCUUCUUCAACUGAGCUUUCAGAGAAGACCCUAGCCGACUUUAGUCAGAUAGUUGAUUAUUGUGAGAGUUCUAGCUGCCGACGAAAAAAGAUUAUUGAGAGUUUUGGAGAAAAGGUACAACCAACUUUAUGCCAACGCACGUGCGAUGCUUGCAAGCACCCAAAUCAAGUGUCCUCGCGUUUGGAGGACCUUCGGCGUGUGCCCAACUGUCGCUUUAACAAGAUAUCUCCAGUCUUCAAAAGCUCAUCAGUUGACCCAAAACACUUUGACACGGAAUUUUGGAACCGUGAAGAUGACGUAAGCAUAUCAGACGAAGAUAUAUCAGAUUCUGAUGAUGAGGAAGAGGCAGUGAGCAAUAUCGCCAUUUCAAAGCUUCCAUCAAAAGGAGGGUUUGAAGCAAGACUUGAUGCCUUGGAGCGUGCUGAAAAUGCUUACAAUCAAGCCAAUGGUCAAACUAAACCGCAGGGUGGCAACCUUGUUGACAAGAAGAGCAUAUCUCAGACUCUAAGAGAUGCAAGCAGGAAAAGAUUGUCGGGUGCGCUUGGACAAGCAAAGCUCCGUCUUGGGGAUCUGCUGUUUGCUGAAGAGGCUUCUGCUACACACCUUGAAACCGAGUGCUUCAAGAAGUAUCAGAAAGUGGGAAAGACGUUCUACAACUCCCAGAUAGCUGCCACGGUUCGGUGGCUGUCGUCUUCAACUUCUGACCAAAUCCACGGCCGACUUGAAGCCCUUACCAACCAGACUACAGAAGCUGGUGCAGCCACCAGCUCUCCUUGCAUCAUUUCUGAUGCUUUGGGCAAAGCUGAAAAGCCAGCAGAAGCUACAGUAAGCCAAGAGCUCGCGAAAACCGAGCUUUCUGAUGAGUUUGCAAAGACCAUGGCUUCAACUGAAAACAUGGAGCCUUCCCGGAUGUCACCACCUGAGAAAACAAUAGACGAAGAAGCGAGGAGAGAUGGCGCGAUCGGUACCAUGGACCUUCCCAAGAUACCAUCAUUCAGAGAAUUCAUGAGCCAGAAGGGAAGGGAUCGCGCAACCAGUUCUUCUAGGGCAGAGAGCCAGCCUCGCGGCAUUCCUAGAAAGGCUGGCCCUGUCAUCAGCAAGGAAGGAACGACAGGAACAUCAAAGAAGAUGAAACUAUGA